UUGAUUUUGCCUGCUGCGGACUGGGGAGUCUCUGUUCUGAUUUCACAAUGAGUGGCUGCUUGCAGCGAGGGAGGAGAGCAGGGGGGAACAGCAGGAUGUGAGGGCAGAGGAAGAUAACUGUGCGCCGUGGCCAACAAACUUGGGGAGAUGUUUCCCGUGGCUCAGCUGACGAGGCAAGCCCCGUUCGAAGUGGCGUUUAUCACCCUUCUGUUACUGUGUGGACCCUGUACACAGCAAAGUGACUCCAAACAAAGUCGAGCCAAGGGAAGGCACUGGAAAGGUGGAUCCCGUCUCCGUCAGGAGGACUUCCCGCCCCGGAUCGCGGAGCACCCCUCCGACCUGAUCGUCUCCAAGGGGGAGCCGGCCACGCUGAACUGCAAGGCGGAGGGAAGGCCGAGCCCCACCAUCGAGUGGUACAAGGACGGGGAGCGGGUGGAAACGGACAAGGACGAUUCCCGCUCCCACCGCAUGCUGCUGCCCAGCGGCUCCUUGUUCUUCCUGCGCAUCGUCCACGGGCGCAGGAGCAAGCCGGACGAAGGCAGCUACGUCUGCGUGGCCAGGAACUACCUGGGAGAGGCCGUCAGCCACAACGCCUCACUGGAGGUGGCCUUGCUGCGAGAUGACUUCCGACAGAACCCCACUGAUGUCGUCGUGGCUGCUGGGGAGCCUGCCAUCAUGGAGUGCCAGCCCCCUCGUGGGCAUCCGGAGCCCACCAUCUUCUGGAAGAAGGACAGAGCCCACAUCAGCGACCAUGACGACAGGAUAACGAUGCAUGGAGGCAAGCUAAUGAUAUCGAACACCAAGCGAAGUGAUGCUGGCACUUACGUCUGCGUUGGGACCAACAUAGUGGGCGAGAGGGACAGUGAACCUGCUGAACUGACCGUGUUUGAGCGACCCACUUUCGUGAGGAGACCCAUCAACCAAGUGGUGCUGGAGGAUGAGGCAGUGGAAUUCCGAUGUCAGCUGCAGGGGGACCCGCAGCCCACGGUGCGAUGGAGGAAGGACGACACAGAUGUGGCCAGGGGCAGAUAUGAUAUCAAGGAAGACAACACUCUACGCAUCAAGAGGGUGAGCAAUAAUGACGAGGGAACCUUCACCUGCGUUGGAGAAAACCGGGUGGGCAUGGUGGAGGCCACUGCUACAUUGACUGUACGAGCACACCCUGUUGCUGCCCCGCAGUUCGUCGUGAGGCCGAGGGAUCAGAUCGUGGCCCAGGGUCGCACAGCCACCUUCCCCUGCGAGACCAAGGGGAAUCCUCAGCCGGCCAUCUUCUGGCAGAAGGAGGGGAGCCAGAGCCUAUUGUUUCCCAACCAGCCGCCACAGCCGUCCAGUCGUUUUGCCGUCUCCCCCGGCGGGGACCUCACCAUCACCAACAUCCAGAGGUCAGACGCCGGUUACUACAUCUGCCAGGCUCUCACAGUUGCGGGCAGCAUCCUCGCCAAGGCUCAGCUGGAGGUCACUGACGUUCUGACGGACAGGCCGCCUCCAAUCAUUCGGCAGGGUCCGGCCAAUCAGACUCUGGGAGUGGACGGGACUGCUCUGCUGAAGUGUCAGGCCACCGGAGAGCCCAUCCCUACAGUCAGCUGGCUUAAGGACGGUGUCAGUCUCCUCGGGAAGGACCCCCGGCUAUCCCUGCAGGAGCUCGGAAGUCUGCAGAUCAAGAGCUUGCGGGUUACAGACUCUGGGAUCUACACGUGUGUGGCCACGAGCUCAAGUGGAGAAACUUCCUGGAGUGCGUUUUUAGAAGUGCGAGAGUCAGGAGCAUCGACAGUCAACAUCAAGACGGACGUGGAUGCUCUUCCAGGGUCACCCUCCAAGCCUCAGGUCGCUGAUGUGACAAAGAGCAGCGUCACCCUCUCCUGGUUGCCGGGGAAACACGCUGGGUCUUCACCAGUUACGUCGUACAUUAUUGAAGCCUUCAGCCAAUCUGUGAGCAACAGCUGGCAAACAGUGGCAGACCGGGUGAAGAAUACUCUGUUCACCGUCCGGGGCCUGAGGCCUAACACUAUCUACCUCUUCAUGGUGCGUGCCGUCAACGGUCAGGGAGUCAGUGACCCCAGCCAGAUGACCGACCCUGUCCGCACUCAAGAUAUUAGUCCCCCGGCACAAGGCGUGGAUCACAGGCAGGUUCAACGCGAGCUGGGUGAUGUCAUCAUACGCCUGCACAACCCGCUGGUCCUCACGCCAUCCAGUAUCCAAAUCACCUGGACGGUUGACCGGCAGUCGCAGUUCAUCCAGGGCUACCGGGUGCUGUUCCGUCAAAUCUCCGGCCUCCCUUCCCCUUCCUCCUGGCAGGUGCUGGAGGUCAAGGUGCCGACGGAGCGCAGCACCGUCCUGACCAACCUGAAGAAGGGAGUCAGCUACGAGAUGAAGGUCCGUCCAUACUUCAACGAGUUUCAGGGGAUAGACAGUGAGUCGAAGACGGCACGCACGAACGAGGAAGCUCCUGGAGCACCACCGCAGUCCGUGACGGUGCUGACGGUUGGGAACCACAACAGCACCAGCAUCAGUGUCUCGUGGGAUCCUCCCCCUGCAGAGCAGCAGAAUGGCAUCAUCCAGGAGUACAAGAUAUGGUGCCUGGGCAACGCCACAAGGUUUCACAUCAACAGGACGGUGGACGCAGCCAUUCGCUCGGUGGUGAUCGGUGGCCUUCUCCCCGGUGUCCAGUACCGAGUCCAGGUGGCUGCCAGCACCAGUGCAGGGGUCGGUGUGAAGAGUGAGCCACAGCCCAUCGUCAUUGGGAAUCGUGGCGAUGACAUUUUCGUGACGGGACCCGGUGGCAACAAUAGCAUCACCGAGCAGAUAACAGACGUGGUGAAGCAGCCCGCGUUUAUCGCGGGCAUCGGCGGAGCGUGCUGGGUCAUCCUGAUGGGCUUCAGCAUCUGGCUAUACUGGCGGAGGAAGAAGAGGAAGGGCCUCAGCAACUAUGCAGUGACAUUCCAACGUGUAGAUGGAGGAAUAAUGAGCAAUGGAAGUAGACCCGGCCUGCUUAAUCCUGGUGAAUCCAGCUACCCCUGGCUCGCAGACUCCUGGCCUGCCACCAGCCUUCCUGUUAACGGGAGCGGCAACGGACCAGGCGACCUGGGAGGAGUAGGGAACUUCAACCGUGGUGGUCAAGGCGACAAGUCAGGCACCAUGCUGUCGGACAGUGCCAUUUACAGCAGCAUCGAUGUCACCACCAAGGCCAGCUUCAACAGCCCAGGACAGAUCACACAAGCCACGCCAUAUGCCACUACCCAGAUCCUCCACUCCAGCAGCAUCCAAGAACUGGCCGUCGACCUCCCCGACCCCCAGUGGAAGACCUCCAUCCAACAGAAGUCAGACUCUACCGGAUGCGGCUACUCCCUGCCCGACCAGAGCAAGUUCAACAAUGGUGGGAAAGGUGGGAAGAAAAAGAAGAAUAAAAACAGCAUCAAGCCGCAUAAGAACACAGGGUCCAACUGGUCGAACGUGCCGCUGCCUCCUCCCCCAGUACAGCCGCUCCCCGGAACAGAGCUAGACCACUACAUCAUGGACCACCACGAGAACGGCUACGACAGUGAUGGCUGGUGCCCAGCUCCACCCGUGAAGUCCUACCUGCACCAGGGCAUGGAAGAUGAGCUGGAGGAAGAAGACGACCGGGUUCCCACACCCCCAGUCCGCGGCGUGGCUUCCUCGCCUGCCAUAUCCUUUGGGCAGCAGUCCACUGCCACCCUCACGCCUUCGCCUCGGGAAGAGCUGCAGCCCAUGCUCCAGGCUCACUUGGACGAGAUUAGCCGGGCUUAUCACUUUGACAUCUCAAGACAAGCGUGGCAGAUGCAGGGCAGCUCUCUCCCUCCCCAGGCCCCUGCUCUACCUCUGGGCUAUAUCUCCGGGACAUUAAUUUCAGACAUAGAGACAGAUGUGCCCGAGGAGGAGGAGGACGAGGACGACGAGGAGGCUUUGGAGUUGGCCAGACCUCUGCGGGGAAUGGGUCACACCCCGGGAUCCAGCAUGGACAACCUAGACAGCUCAGUCACAGGUUCAAUGGUUAAUGGAUGGGGCUCUGCCUCAGAGGAGGAGCGUAAUAUGUCUAGCCGCCGAUCUAGCGCGGUUAGCUCCUCUUCCGACUCCAUCUUUACCGAUGGCGAUUUUACCCAGGCACUGGCCACUGCGGCAGACAGAGCUGGCUACAAGAUGGAAGGCACCAGCCUCAUGAAGACAGGUAAAGGGUAUUCCUCCUCCCAGCGGCUUCGACCCAGUAGCCCCUUCUCCAGCAGCAGUAGCGUGAGUGCGACCCAGAGUCAGUGCCCGAGAUCAAGACCACCCAAGAAACACAAGCCAUCUGGAAGCAGACUGGAGCCACCCUCCGCACUGCACCGUCGGGAAGCCGCGGCAGAUGACCUGCCACCACCACCUGACCCUCCACCAUGCCAGGGUUCAAAGCUCCUCUCUGGCCAAGGAUCGAGGUCAAUGGGGGUGGGCGAUUCCCCAGAGAGCCAGCAGGUGACCUGCCUCGAAGAGGACACAAACACAGUGGACCAUCUAGUCAAGACAUCUUUAGAAGGUCAAAUGAAUCAGGAAGACUUGCGAAGCAAGCUGCAACACAAGGCAACAAUUGGGUCAGAAGAAGUUCUUAUCCCAUACAGCAAGCCUAACUUUCCAUCUCCGGGCCACUUGAGUGGUCAAAGUUCAUCGGGAACAGCCUCGUCCAAGGGGUCAACUGGACCCAGGAAAGGCGUGCCCUCACGAGGGGGUCCAGCAAUCGCGUGUCACCAGCGGAACAUUAGCGACCUUCCAGAUGUAGGAUAUAUGGGGUCAUGUGGCCAAGGGCAGUUUUUAGGGGAUGUAUAGUGAAGACGAACACGUCCUGAGAUUCAGCGUUGCGAGCCUCACCUCGUGGAUGCCAUGACACUUAAGUGGUGCAAUGAACCUCUUCCUUAUUUAAUGUAUUAUGACAGAACCUGUAAAUGUGAUGUAAAGUCCAAGAUACCACAGCCACAUGUGUUUCCCCCCACCGCGGUCUUUCAAUACAUCGCCUCUUGACCCUGCACACCCUGUUGUCAGCUCACCAUGUCUCCAUCACUCCCCUCCCCUUCCUCCAACUGCCACCCACCCUACAAAGUAGAGACUUGACAAAGAAGAAUAAAAAAAUAGAAAUUUAGUUGUUACAAUCUGAGAGAGAGAGAGAGAAGGGGAUUUCUUGUGUAAAUACUUCUUGUUGCAUUGCUAAACAAAACUCACUUUGUUCUUUGACUUUGCAUCUUGUAAUGUCAUUACUUUUUUUAUUGGUCUGUUGUACUAUAUGUCGAUCGACUGGGCAGUAAUGCCAUUAAAAACAGAAAAAAAGAACACACAAAAAAAAUGUAUUUUUUAACAUUGUUACUGCAUCACUUUUUUUGGUUUAAUGUUCUGUUUUUGAAGUUUGCACUGAUAAUUUUGUUUUAGUGAUAAGCACAAACCUUUUUAAAGCUCCUGAGAAAACAAUGAAGUAUGAGAAAUUGGUUGGAUGGGAAAAGAGGGGGAUUUAGCUCACUGUGUGUGUGAGUGUGUGUGUGCAAGAUAUGUGGGCAAGGACACGUGGUCAUGUGUACUGGCGAGCUUGUGUGGAUGAGUGACAUAUGUAAGCAGAUGUGCAUGCGGUUUUCUGAGCGUGUAUCCUGUAUGUAUGUGUGUGUUGUAAGUGUGUGCACAUGGGCAUGUGUAUAAUUUGUGUGUAGUUAUAUAUACUCUGUGUGUGUGUGUGUGUGUGUGUGUGUGUGUGUGUGUGUGUGUGUGUGUGUGUGUGUGUGUGUGUGUGUGUGUGUGUGCGCAUGCGCAUGUGUGUGUGUGUGUGUAGGGGAUAAGGCAAAGAGUACUCUGGACCUUUCUGGACGAAGUCUAAGAUCUCGUGACCUUCGAAAACCACAACCAGAACUAGCAGCUGAGUGGGUCACAGCCUGAUGCAGGAAGAGUCCCUCCAUGUGUCACUGUGAGAUGCAGCACUGGAAAGGCAGCAAGAGGAUUCAAUGGCACACAUCCUCAGCCAGGCCGGAAACAUGAGGUAUUGUCAUUCAGCCAGAGCAAGCCCUCUGUCCCCGAUUUCCCCUUAUCCUCUCAUCAUUAUUUAAAACUGUUUCCUUCUUUUUUAAUAUAAAAAGACAGCCCAUCUCCUGCCCUCCUGCCCCGCCCACCCCCCACCACUUUAAACCCAAAAAGACAUCACCUUGUUCUGCCAAGGAGUGGCUGCUUUCCAAAAUCGCAACUGCUGAUCAAGCAGAGUUUCAAAGGAUGCUUGAUGUCAAAUAUAGUCUUAAACAUUAAUCUUAAAGCAGGGUCGGGAGCCUUGCUUAUGCUGUUAACAGUAAAAUAAAGUGUGUGUCAGUAUUAAGGAAAGUUGUUCAUGGGUCUAUAGUAUAUUGAUUAAAGCUUU